AUGCCGGACAUUCUGACUGAACGCCGUGGAAAUGCACUAUGGGUAAUUCUGAACCGUCCGAAAAAGUAUAAUGCGAUUACUUCAGUGAUGUUUCUUCAAUUGAAGGAAAUUUUCGAAAAAGCCGCUACUGAUGAUGAUGUUUCCUUUGUUGUAUAUACAGGAGGAAAAUGUAAGCUCUUCUCAGCGGGAAGUGAUUUUUCGCCAGCCCAACUUUCUCAUUUCGACGAUUCCAAGUCUCAUGGCUAUAAGCUAUUCAUUGACACACUCAUAAGAUUCGAAAAGCCGGUAAUUGCUUUGGUGAAUGGUCCGGCUCUAGGAAUCAUGGUUACAUCUCUGGCUUUGAUGGAUGCGGUGAUUGCAGCCGACAAUGCUACGUUCUUGUGCCCAUUCUCAGAGCUUGGACUGUGCCCAGAAGCCGCUUCAAGUCUUACGUUUGUGGCUACAAUGGGACAUCAGAAAGCAGCUUCAUUAGCAUUGUUUGCUGAGAAGUUUACUGCUCAGGAAGCAUUCAUUGCUGGUUUGGUCACAAAAAUCAUUCCAGCUGACAAGUUCGAAUCUGAGACAAACAAGAUUAUCGAGCGCUAUUCUAAGCUUUCUUCGGAGUCCAUGAAAGUCGGCAAGCGUCUUCUCAGACCUGAAACAUUGAUGGAGAAGCUUGAAGGCGUGAAUGCUCGUGAAGAAAAACACAUCAAUCGUCGCUUCACGUCGGAGGACGCAAUCGAAAGACUAACAGCUAAAUUCGUUGGAGGAUCAAAACUUUGA